AUGCCAAAUCUCGUCGGGUUCCGAGAUGGUACUCCACCUCUCGUGGAGGACCAAGCAAAGCAAAAAACCCUAGUUGCUAUGCAAAUGGAAGCGUUGGGAUCGCGACGCCGAGACUUUCUCUCGACGACAGACUUCAAGGAAAACAAAGCUAGCUAUGUCCCUACGGUGCACCUUGAAUCACAGCGACUCGUGAACAAGAGAAGCAUCGGGCAAGGAGAGAAGUCCAAGUUAGAAGGCUGGAAUAAUGCUUGGACGCGUUUACAAGAUGAUGGCACUGAUACACAGAAUCUACGAGCUGUCAACGAAGGCUUGGGUCAAACUCACCGAGCCAGACUCAUGAGUGACGACAGCGUUCGAGACUAUACGGGAGAAGAAAACUUUUGUGGAGGAGGUCGUAGCGGUAGGGGUGACCGUGGUGAUCGCGGUGGCAGAGGUGGCGGCAAUGCUGGACGAACUACAGGUCGGGGUGGCCGAGGGAAGGCCAAAGGGGUCACAUUUCAAGAUGGGUCAUUGGUUCAGCCUAUCACUCGCGUCCGCGUUCCGAAAGGGCAACCUAGUGCUCAAAUCGACGUACCUCGCCACCAACCACACCCCAUACUAAAGACAGUCUCAGCUGUGAAAUCAGCGAAAGGAAACACUACCACACCAAGCACACCUGCUACGCUCACCCGACCACCGGUUCAUUAUGACGGAAUGCUUGCUGCACCCAGUGCGUUCAUGGCUUCCGUCGGAAUACGCAAAGAACGAACUCGGGAUGAACCAAACAUCAAGGACGCUCCGUCCGCGACGGAUACCUCAAAGGAGAAAGUAAUUGGAUACAAAAAUGACACUUUGAUCACAAAGAUCACAGACACCUCAAGCGAGAAGGCGAUUGCGCACAAGUCCAAUGCUUCGGCCAUUGAUACACCGAGUCACAACACAACAACAGCAGCUGGCAAGACUAUUAAAGGUUUGGACUCCCGUCCCAAAGGUGAUCUGAUGGAUCUCGACACCGGUCGAGAGACCACGCAGCCAGUGCUUCAGUUCACAGCACCUAGCACCAAGGAGCCGCCUUCUCAUCAUGUUGACCAGGUAGUCUUAGCUUUCGAUCAGCAGAUAGAGGCUUUGGAGAAGAUCGGUGUAUUUAAUGCCACUCAGCUCGAACUCCUUAAAUCGAUUCAAAUACAGGUGCACGCCCGCAAAAAUGCCACUGCUCCAGUGAAAGAGGCUCCUCGUCCUGGAAUUUACACCAAAUCGGAGCUCGUAUCCCUACGUCCGACAGCUUCAGUUCCCGAAGUCACAACUGGUAUCGCGACCAAAUUCGCACAGCAACAGCACGCCUUUCUCAUUGGCGAGCAUGUACACAAGACUAGGUACCACACUGCCGCGUCUUUGACCGAGGAUUUUGAGAGGCUCUCAGUCUCAGACAAGAGACCUGCCAAGCCAGCUGCAACGGACCUCUCAACUCCUGAAAAGUCGAAUAUCAAUCCCUUCGGUCCUCCACCAGUUAAGGGCAAAGGGCCCUCUCUUCCAGCUCAUCUGUUGAACCAAAACACUACGGCGGACCAUGGGGCGGCGGCGCGUGCCCAAUAUUCGGGUAGCAAUGACAUCUUAGCUCCGAUCUCAGAUCGACAGUCGCUGGUGGAUGUUACCUCAACGACGCGUCCUACUCGUCGAAACAUGAUCAAUCAGACUGGGUUUAUCGCCCUUGCAGAGAACCGUGUCAAUUUUGUUGCCGCAGGUAAGAAGGGAGAGGACCCGUUGCUCGUGGCACGCAAACGAGGUUUGUGA